AUUCCUUCAAAAUGUCCGCCACAGAUUCAAUAUCUGUAUUUGCAGAGGGCACUUUCGAAGACCAAAUCAAGGAACUCGUUAACUACCUGGCCCAAGGACGGUCAGAUGAAGAGAAAGCAGCCUUCAUUCAGCCCUUCGAAGAUGCACUUGUUAUAAAAGAGGGGGAAAAGCCUUUUGAGGAGGACGAGGAACGGCGGAUAAAUGUCCUUAAGCUGGUACUAGAACAAGUCAAGGGCCUGGGCGAGGGAUCAGAAAAAGAGAUUGAGGGCUUCUUCAACUUACUCUUAGCCCACUUCCUGACUCUCUUCCCUCUUGACACGCCUGAAACCAGAGAACGGCUGCUUAAGCUUGUCCAAAUUAUCACUCAAUCCAAUGAGCAGUCCUCAACAAAAUACCGCAUUCUUUCCAACCUUUUCAACUCCCUUCCGCGCCGUUCUGGUCUCCGUCUACCGGUAAACGAAGCCCUAAUCCGUACCGCCACUGCACACGAUGAGCUCGAGCAGCUCGCACUUUCCCUCCCUGAAGUGGAAAGGUGGCUCUCUGAAUGGGAAGUCUCUCAGGAGGAUAAGAGCUCAUAUCUGAAGGUCCUGGUCGACACUUUCGCCUAUGAUCCAGUACUCUCGUACAGGUACAGGCUUGCAUACGUCCGCUCCCUCCCUUCUUCAUCGGCCGCUGCCGUCGACCUCAUCGCCACCGCCCUCCGGCUGCCCUUCGUCUUCGAUUUCGAUGCACUCUUCCGGCUAGACGCUGUCAUUGCCGCAAAGGACAGCGACAUUUACCCUCUCCUCCAGAUUUUUCUCAGUGACGGCCUCUCAGAAUACAAGGCCUGGGUGGAGGGUCACGCCGAUGUCUUGUCCAAGCACGACUUGGACCAAACCCAGCUCGAGCGCAAGAUUCGCUUGCUUAGUUUGACGACUCUUGCCUUCCAGAACGUGGGCCGUGACCUCCCUUACUCCGUCAUCGCCGACGUUCUCCAGGUCGAGCCCUCGCAAGUAGAGCGCUGGGUGAUCGAUGUUCUCCGCACGCAGCUCGUCUCAGGCAAGCUCUCACAAACCUCACAGACGUUCCACAUCGUGCGCGCCUCUGCACGUGCCUUCGAGCGCGAGCAAUGGGAAGCCCUCGAGAAACGACUGGUGGCAUGGAAGACAGGUCUCGCAGGCAUCCGCGAGGUCGUCGCAGCCACACAAAAGAAGAACGGCCAAGACACUGCUGCUGCUACCGGCGCCGCCAACGGCCUGGAGACAGCUGCCUCGCAGCCACAAACGACUACUGCUUAAGUUCUCCGCCAACGCUGUACUUUGAUAUCGCGACGUUGUAGCCUUAGUGUACUCGUGUGGGUUGAAAUGCUAUAGACUACAUUUCUGUC